AUGCUCGAGCGCCUGCCCAAGUUCGAGGAGUUCAUGCGCAAGGCGGAGUUCCUGGGCAUGAGCCGCGAGGACGUGGCCCAGCUCAUGAUCGUCUUCCACGACUUCGACGUCUUCCAGCAGGGCCACAUCGUCUUCUUCGAGUUCCUCAUGGGCAUCGACGUGGAGCGUACGCCCUUCACGCACCACAUCUUCGCGGAGGUGCUCGACGACGACAAGAACGGCCGCGUCGACUACCGCGAGUUCGUCGCGGCGUUCUACGCCUUCUGCACGUUGACGAAGCGGAGCCUUGCGUCCCUCGCGUUCCAGUGCUACGCCCAGGAGUAUCCCGCGGGCCUCCACCGCACGCGCCUUGAGCUGCGCCUCGAGGAGUGCAAGCUCCUCGUCGACUCGACGUUCGGGCCGCGGCGGUCCGCGGCGCGCGACGCGACGGAGCUCGCGCUGACGACGCUCUUGGAGAAGAACGGCGGCGGCAUCGCCCGCGACGAGUUCCUCGUCUGGGCCUUCCGCAACGAGCGCGCGCUCUACCCCGCGUUCUCCAUCCAGCAGGCGCUCAUCAAGAGUUGCCUCGGCGCGGCCUACUGGAAAGACCUGGGCAAGAAGCGCGAGCGGCGCUUCGGCACCAUGACCUGGCUCGACAUCGAGGACGCCUACGACCGCAAAGUGCUGCGGGACGCGGCGGACCAGGGCCUCGCGGAGCCCGCGUGCCUCGGCGUCCGCGUCGACGCCGAGCGCGAGGCCAAGAAGGACGACGAGCCGGACGACGACGCCAACGCCACCGCCCCACCAACGACGGCGCCGCGCCGCCGGCGGCGGUCGUCGACGGCGACGAUCACGUCGCCCAACGGCCACAAGCGCGUCAUCUCGACGUCCGCGACGCGGAACCGCUGGGCGCGGUCCGCGUCCGAGCCCGUUCCCGUGGCGACGGCCGUCGAGGGCGACCGCGGCGAGGACCUGCCCAUGUCGCCCAAGGCCGUCGUCGUCGACCGGCGCGCGCAGCGGCGGUCGAAGACGUUCCCCGCGCCGCAGAAGCCCGCGCCGCGGCAGAUCCGCGUCGCGCCCGCGCCGGAGCCCGAGCCGGAGCCGCGAAAGGAGCGGCAGCUCACGCGAUCCGAGCGGCGGCGGCGGUCGACGAACAAGGACGCCGCGGACCGGGGCCUGCUCACGGCCAUGUACAUCCACCGCGAGCGGCCGGCCCAGGGCGCCGUCGGCUCCGAGUGGCACCAGGAGGCUUUGGUCGAAACCGAGGAGAAGCCCGCCGACCCCUGGGACCCGGAGAACAUGAAGACGCCGCCGAAGCGCAAGCGCAAGCCCAAGGGCAGCGUCCUCAAGCGGAAGCGCGACGAGGUCUGGCGCGCGACGCCCGUCGCCAAGUGGAAGCUCGCGUCGCCCGAGCGGGGCGCGCUCCUCCGCGCGAGCGAGUAA